GGAUGGCAGAUCGAAGCAGGAACCCGGAGUACAAUAUGUCUCAUAAACAUCGUGGCAUAGCACUCAUCUUCAAUAACGAGCAUUUCGAAGAUCCACACCUGAAGCUACGCAAGGGCACGCAUAAGGACAGCGAAAAUCUUGGAAGAGCUCUCAAGCAAUUGGGCUUUCAAGUGAAGGAAUACACGGACCUUUGCAGCGAGCCGAUUAUGAAAAUAAUUAAGGAAGCCAGUGGUCGGGACCAUUCCGAUUGUGAUUGUAUUUUAAUAGCCAUCCUCUCACAUGGUAAAUUGAACUACAUACACGCCAAGGACAAGGCAUACCCAGUGGAGAGCAUUUUGAGUCCAUUCACGGCUGAGCGAUGCCCCUCAUUGGCGGGCAAACCGAAACUAUUCAUUAUUCAAGCCUGUCAAGGCGUUUUGAGAGACCCCGGCUGCCACAUCAAUCGACCCGAAAGCUCGGAACGUGACAACGAAUCUUUUAUUAGCUAUAGAAUACCACUUCCUGCCGACUUUCUGAUCGCCUCCUCCACGAUUCCUGGUUACUGCUCCUGGCGCAAUACUGUGGAGGGCAGCUGGUUUAUACAGAGCUUGUGUAAAGAGCUUGAUUCCUUUGGCAAGACACGGGAUGUAUUGACACAAAUGACAUUUGUUGCCCAGCGUGUUGCCGUCAACUAUGAGUCUUUUGAUGAAUUUAACCCCAGACUGGAUGGGAGAAAACAAAUCAGCAGCACAAUGUCGACGUUAACCCGCAUACUGUUUUUUCGCGAUAAAAACGAUACGUCAAAUGACGAUACGUCAAAUGACUAUUUUAAAAAUAAAUAA